ACUUACCUUGAAAGUUCCUGUGUCCAGAUGCCCCGCUGCCAUUGUCGCUGCCGCCAUUGUAGGAGCCAUCAUCAGGGAAGUAACUCGGAUUCUGGAUUAUCAGAUACGGAGGUUUGCUGCCAGACGAGGACUACCCAGGAAAAUACAUUGCGACAACGCAACCAACUUUGUGGGAGCCAGCAGAGAGCUGAAAGAUCUUCAGAAAGCGUUCGAGGAACAACAAGAAGCUCUGCUAUCGUACGCAGCGUCAACAGAAGUGGAAUUCAGCUUCAUACCUCCUCGAGCUCCUCACUUCGGGGGAUUGUGGGAAGCUGCUGUCAAGCAGGCAAAGUUCCUGCUUCUGCGAGGCGUAGGCAAUGCGUCACUGAACGCAGAAGAAAUGCAAACCAUGCUCGCAGAAGUAGAGGCGGUGCUGAACAGUCGGCCAAUAGCACAGCUAUCGCCAGACCCCAACGACGGGGAAGCUCUAACUCCAGCCCAUCUACUCAUAGGAGGGGGUCUGCGUUCGCUGCCGCCAGGAUCCGAAGAAGGCGCGAGAGGCAACGCGCUGAAGUCCUGGAAGCGAUGGCGUCUGCUCUCAGGACUCAAGGAGAUGUUUUGGCGAGCCUGGUCCAAAGAAUACAUACUGGGACUACAGGCCAAGGGCAAGUGGCACAAAGAAACUCUCAACUUACAAGUAGGGGAGCUAGUAGUGAUUCACGAGGACAACCUGCCACCCCAAGAGUGGUUGACAGGACGAGUCGUAGCCGUAACAGAAGGCAAAGACGGCAAAGUCAGGGUGGCAGAGAUACGAACCAAAAACGGCGUAUUUAAACGUCCUAUUCAAAAACUUGCUUUACUACCAAACGAUUGAAGACACUAGGUCCUUCAAUGGGGCCGGGAUGUUGAGU